AGAAUUUGAAGUUUUUCGCCUGUCUAGCGAAGUUGCCACCCGCCGCCCAACCAAACCCGUCACCGCAUGACUGAGGGAUUCUGCUUUGAGUACAAGAACACCUUCAUUAGCUUCUCUGACUUGGACGAGCAGGCCAUGCCGAAGAAACGUGCCGUGAGUGUCCCUCCAUACCUGGGCUUCACCUGUCCGGAGGAAGUAGAGGAGACCAGCAGCGGAGACGACAAGUAUCAGUACGUGUCGACGCUCUUCAAACGGUCGGAACAAUUGGCCAUGCACGUGCGCCAAAGCAAGCGACGCAACCCCGACAAGAUGCCUUUCGUGGAGGAGAAAGGCACGAAGCAUGGAGAUUCCAUUGCGCCGCACCUGGAGGUCUGCUCCACUGCUAGCCCUUUGGAAGGUGUUUCUUGCAAGUCCUCUGAGCCACACCCGGCCUCCGUGCACCUCGCACGCGACGACGAAGAGUCCACGCCGCGCGCGGGCCGCGCGGCGCGCACGGCAGCGCGCGGCGGCGACCUAAAUCCGGGCUCCGUGGGACAUCCCGAGGUUUGCAACCGCCCGUGCAUCUUCUUUGCCGCGGGAAAUUGUCAAAACGGUGAGGGCUGCCCUUACUGCCACUUGGAUCACGCCCAUCGGCCUCCUCAUCUUGACAAGAAGCAGCGCAUGAUGAUCGCGAAGCUCUCGCAGAGCGCCGUUCUGAAGCUCUUGGGUGCCCUCCUCGACGAUCGAGCACGUGCAGGGCACUUCAGCGAGGAAGCUGCGGAGCUUUUGUCCUUGGUGAAGGAAUGGGAAGAGCGAUGUCAGAUGGUCGAGGGUGCCGUGAACGAGCAGAGCAAGCGCGAGUUUAUGAAACUCCACUACUUCCUCCGUAAACUCACCUACACCGGCUUGGUGGGCUUGGCGAUCCGUCAUUUCGAGACCUUGCCCCUCCAGCACCAUCCCGACUGCCGAGGCUUCCCCGAGCGGAUCACAGAGGCGUUGAAACAGAUCCGUCAGAAGCUGGCAGGAGCGAUUGAAGGAUCGAAGCAAUGAAUGCAGGGAAGAUCUGACCCACAUGGAUCACCGCACGCCGUGGGUUCGAGAGUGCUGGUGCGACUUCGGCGAAGGCGGCUUCGCCUCUUCUCACGGCUUUGGGCUGGGCUAAGGCGUACCUUCCUCCGGCAAACGUGGCAAGAAUUCACUGCUGCCGCCACAUGCACUUCCAGAGAACUGAUUUCUACCAACGCCUCCUCGAUCUGAUCGAGCGCGCUGCUUCCCACAAAACCUGUUUGGAGGUGUGGUGCACCUCAAGUGUCCAGAGUUCACACGAUCGUCUUCGCUGAGUCGAACUCGCUGAAAAGCAGACUCUAUAUGAAGAGGAACAUGCAUUCUUUGUAUAGCAGGACUCUCGGAAUGUCAAUCAGCUGGGCCUGUUGCAGACGUGGUCUUUGGAUCACACAACCUCAGGUAUACACAAACAGCGCGCAUGACUUAUA